AUGCAGACAGGUCGGACUGGAGAUCUUAAAACCCUUGCUCCUGCCUAUAACAUCCUCUCCUCGCGACUCAGCCCGCCCGAUCUCCCGCGCAUCAAGAAACGCUCCAAUGCUUGUGAAGCCUGCAAGAAACGAAAGACUAAAUGUCAAGGCACCCAGCCAUGCGAGAAAUGCAUCCAAGCCGGAUCACAAUGUGUCUUUGCCGAGGAGCUCGACAGGCGGAAGAAACUGGCUCUGAGGCAGGCUGAGCAAGAACUGCGCACCGCUUACGAGCUUUUGGGCCAGAUGGUCGUGGCCUCGGAUAAUAAAGACACUGCCGAACUCGACCGGCUCUCAUCGAUGAUCAAAGGCGGCUUCCUGCGCAGUGAAGAUUUGAUCUCGGUGGAACAGAAGGACAUCCCAACCCCUUCGCAAAGAAAAGACAAAGACAUGGCCGCCUCGCAAUCGCCCACAGCUUCCUCGUCGGCGGGCUCUCUUCACGAUCUUGCGACCUUGAAUGAAGACAUCAACCGGGACGAGCGCAGCAGGGCGACCGGCUAUAUUGGCAGGGGCUCGGAAAUCGCCUGGUUGCAGAAGCUCACCGAGGAAGUUAGCAAACUUAGCUACUCGUCCGGGAGCCCGCAACCACAGCAGGAGACCCUGCCCGAAGAUGAUAUGACUUCGCUUAGUUAUCAUCUCGACCAAUUCGGUUUCUCAAACCUCACUCCCGGGGACCCGCAAGUUCUUCCAACCCGAGCAUGCAGCGACCAACUCAUCAGCAUCUACCUUGCGAAAGUCGAUCCAUCGUUCCCACUGCUGAAUAGGACCCUCUUCUUAUCACAAUGCCAACAGGCUUUCACCAAGUCGGAGCCCCCGCGCAGAAAGUGGCUCACAAUCCUGAACUUGAUCUAUGCCAUUGGCGCCAAGUAUAUGCAGCUGUGUGAGAAGAACUGGACCGAUGCCAUCGAUGAUCGUACUUUUCUGUCUCGAGCCAUAGCUCUCAAUGCCGACUCAAGUCUGCUUGCGGAGCAUGCGGAUCUCCAGCAAGUUCAGAUCUGGGUGCUUUGUUCCAUCUACCAUCUCGCUUCCGCUCAGGUGAACAGGUCGUGGCAUAUGGCUGGACGUGCUGUCCGCUGUGCAAUAGCAUUGGGGCUCAACCUCCGUGGGGUUGGUCUCAAUGUAGACGCUACAUCAAGGGAGUCCCGCAAUCGUCUCUGGUGGUCGCUUUUCAUUCUGGAGCAACUCCUCUCCGUGAUGACAGGCCGUACCCCAUGCAUUGAUUGGCGGUCCUUCAGUAUCCCGGCUCCCAUUCCCUUCGACGAAGCACAGUUCCAUGGCCCUCAAGCCGCAAAAUUUCUUUCCGAUCCUGCUUUGCGGGAGCGCACCUUUGUCUUUACCGUUCACACCCCCAAAUUUCAGAUUGACGAUCGAAAUCGGGUGCUCCAAGCCGUCGAGCCUAAUCGUUCCCUCUAUUUCUUCUACAUGACCGACCUUGCUGUGAUCAGCCAUGCCGCCGUCAACGCGCUCUAUAGUCUUCAUUCGUCCUUUGGCUUGCCGAAUUGUGCCACUGACAAAAUCAUUCAUUUUCAACAAAUGUUGAGAGACUGGCUGUCUAGCCUUCAGCCUUGCUUCCAGUUUUCUGACAGCAACGGCCGGCUGAAACUGACAGCGCCGUGCCCGGAACGGAUUGCCCUGGCUCUCGCUUUCUACAGUUCUCAGAUUAUCCUGAACCGACCUUGCCUCACCCGUCCUGAUAUGAAGGAGGGCACUCAAACCAGGUACCCGCGCUCUCCAUUUGCCGAUGCCACGGCCCUGGUCUGCCUCCAGUCUGCCAUGGACUUGACUGCCAUCCUCCCCGACCCCCCUAACAUGGACUGGCUGUGCGAAAUGACACCCUGGUGGGCCGUCCUGCACUAUAUCAUGCAAGCCAUCGUCAUCCUGCUGAUUCAGCUAUGCGUGGGCCCCGUGGAUGUGCAGAGGGGGACUAUGACCGAGAAAGGUCAAGGAUCUGUGGGCACGGCCGAGGAGCCCGAGGUGAUCCUUGAGCGGGCGAAAAAAUGCCUGCGCUGGCUCCACGCGAUCGCCAGCCGGAGCCCCAGCUCCCACCGGGCGUUCAUCUCCUGCGAGCGCCUCCUGCACCGCAUCGCCACCAUCCACGGCUUCGAUCUGAAAGGGAUUCCCCAGACCGCCACCUUGGCCGACCGCAUCGACAACGGCGGUCUUGAGCACUACUACGCCCAGCGCGGCAGCGCCCAGCAAUCGGAGUCGGCUUACUCGGACCCCUUGAGGGAGACGCCGUGGUGGGGCGCAGACUUCACUUACUCGGAGCCGGACGUGGAUGAGCAGGCAUUCCGGCCGUUCAGUUUGGAUCCAACGUUGCUGGAGUUUCUGGAGAAUGUGAUGGAAUGA